AUGAAGCCACGCAUGCUGUACCACAUCUCUGUGCGACGGGGGGCUCUCAACACACCCUUAUGCGCGUCUGUGGUGGUGUUCAGUCGAGGCAUUAGCGACAAGAGCAAGUGGUAUGAUUCUCAAUACACCAACUAUUUCCUUGAUGUGAAGAAACUAACACAUUUCUUUGGCCAUAAACCCAUUUUCAGUAGUGGGCCAUCGAUGCGGACGCCCGUCCUGAUGACUUUUGAUGUGGAACCGGAAAACAGCGCUGUAGCCAAUGAGUUUGUGCGCUUGCAUCGGGAACAACAGUACGAACAGUUAGCUGAAUUUGUCAAGUCACAAGUAGCGUACGACAAAGUGAUAGAUCAGAAGGUUCUAACACAAACUAUGGACUUUGGUGAUCUUAAUAUGGGUGGUAUAAAUGUUGUGCCUGCUUUACACCUCCAGCCAUUGAAACGAGAAGCCCACAAGCAAAUUUCCUGCUACCACACAAUUUUAAAGGCUUACGAGCCAUAUAUGUUGAACGAUGCGAUGUUCCAGGAAUUGUUCAUACGGAGCAGCUAUCACAUGGGGGACGUGGACUCGCUUACUACCCUUUCUGAAGUGUAUUUGCACAAUCCAUGCUUGAAUGAACAGACCCUCAACUACAUAUUGAACGGGUUUGCUGUCAACUAUGAACCAGAACAAGCUAAGUUAUUCCUCCUGGAAGUUACCAAUAUGCGCAAGAACUUGAACGUAAUACUCCUUGAAACGGUACUAAUGCUGUUGUCUAAAUACGGAGCAUUAUUUGAAAUAAUCAUCAACUGUGUACAAACCUGGAUACUAUCUAGGAACACGUUGCCCAGUGCAAGGGCCAUGGCUGUGGUUCUCUCGCAGGGGUAUAAAUAUGGGACUGUUAAUGAGGUUCGGGAGAUAGAGCAGUUGAUUUACCGGUAUGGACUAAAUGAGGAUUUCCGAAUACGAGAAGCUAAGUUGAAGUACCAAGUUUGCAACCGAGACAAAAUAGCAUUUAAGAAACAGAUUCUUGCCGAAGAUGUCGACGAGGUUAACGACAUUAUCAGGAUGCUACGAAGCUCCAAUAAAGUGGCCGAGUUAACGGAGUUCUACCACUCUAUGGUGGACUUUUUUGUAAGAUACACCACCAGCACCACGCAUAUCGAACACAUACUAAAGCAGAUGAGCAUCGACGGCAUACAAACAGAUAAAGAUAUCUACAGGCUGUUAAUGCAGAAAUAUCUUAUUCACGAGAAGUUUUUGGAUUUGGCCAAUUUUCUCGAGUCAAGUAACAUGAGCAAAAAUGUGCCAUUUGAGCUCGAGCACCUUCAAGUGAUCUUCGAAACGUUUGUUCGAAGUUACCCCCAUUAUACGGAGGAGUUCUACUACCGAUUUCUUCGAUUUGUCAAGAUGUCGAGCUUGUCUAACGUGGAUAAGCAGCUGCUCAUUUCGGUGACCAAGAUCCACCUGCUUCAAUCGCAGUUAAAACCAUUUGGGUUGGGAUCCAAAGGCUUGAAUCCACAUAAGUAUAGGUCUAAGGACUGGGAACCUAUGCCAUGGAUAUUGAAGAAGGGUAGACCUGUGAGCUACCCCAAGCAGGUUCAGUUCAGAGUUGAAAAAGGGUUUGGGGAUCUCUUGAAAAGAGGAUUGAAACCCGAUUUUCAUGUCAUUGAGGAAACAUUCAGACGGCUGAGCUUGUUCUUCAAGACGCGUAUUCUACAGCUUGCACAAGACAUACGCAUGCCCACCAAGAACCAGAACCGUUUAAGUGUGAUAAACCUCCAUUUUGCAACCAAAGACGAACUAUCAGCAUUUUUCAAGUACCAUAGCCAAACGCUUAACUCCAACAACAAGAUUUCCUUCAGCAGACUCCUCAGCAACAAGGGUCUUCAUGCCGAAGCUGUGGCGAUACUUGAUUCCAUCAAUACCAAUGAGAUCCCUGACUCGUCGUUGCUGGUGAUCUUUGUGUACCGCAUCCGGGCCCUCUUCCAGCUCCGUCAACCGCAGGAAAUCUUACAGGCCAUGGAAGAGUUCCCGGUUCACGAUGUGACUAUCUCACCGUACCUUCUCAAGCAGAGUGUGCAGCUUGAACGGAAGUUUGUGAAUUGUGAGGAUAUGAGCGAGUGCGUGGGCAGACUCAGAGGGUUUAUAGGUGAUUGUAAGGUGGUGUUAGAGAAGGACCGGGCGGACUUGGAGAUUAGAUUAGAACAAGUGUUGCAGUAUGUGGACACAUGGAUCAAGUCGUAA